AUGACUUUGUUCUCUUCAGAAAAGUGGGCUUCUAGUACUUGGACAAAGAAACCAGGUGGUAUGAGGGCUUGUGCAACUGUAUUGCAUGAUAGGUCCUUCUGGGGUAACAUUGCUUUUUGUAUUAAGAGUGUUGGCCCACUAGUUAGUGUUUUGAGAGAGGUUGAUUCAGAGGAGAGACCUGCCAUCGGUUAUAUUUAUGAAUUGAUGGAUACAACAAAGGAGAAAAUUCAAAUAGGUUGUGGAGGAAACAAAAAGAAAUGUGAUCCAAUCUGGAAGAGAAUUGAUACAUGUUGGACUCUCCAACUGCAUCAGCCUUGGAUGUUGUCAUAUGAAGAUCGCUUGAAAGCGGAUAUCCAGUUGGAUUUAUAUGACCAUGCUAGGGGAAAUUUUGGACUCAAAGUGGCCAUUGAUACUAGGAAGUUACGCUUUCCAACUGAUUGGUGGGAGCGUUUUGGUGGAAAAACAUCUAAAUUGCAACGCUUUGCUAUUCGUAUCCAUACAGAAAAGAGAAAUAGGCUUGAGCACCAAAGGUUAAAUGCCCUAGUGUAUGUCAUGUACAACACUAGGUUGCGUGAGAGAAGUAUCAGAAGAAAGCUAAAUAUUGAUCCAGUUCUUGUGGAGGAAAUUGAAUCUGAUGAUGAGUGGAUAGCAGAAAAAGAAGAUCCUAUCCUUCCACUAGACACUAGUUGGAUUGAUGAUGAACAAUUGUUCAAUGUGGAUGCUAUUAGAAGUCUCUCUGUUGUUGCUACUGCUAUUUCUGGUGGAAAUGGAGAUGAUAGAGGCAAAAAUAAAGCACCAAGAGUGGUACUUGUUAGAGAAGAUUAUGGGGAUGAUGUGCAAACAUCUGCUGGACAAUCCGAACUUGCACCAUGCACAAACAUGCCUCUUGGUGAUGGAAGUGGCAAUGCCUCCAAUCCUACUAUUGAUGAUGAUGAUGAACUUAUGGAUGAAGAGAAUGAUGAUGAUUUGGAUGAGAAUUACCACUUUUAA